AUGUCGUUCGUGCGCGUAAUUACGUGCGCGAUUAUUAUCGUCGUGGGGGUAAAUUGUAAAUCAAAUGAAAAUGAGACUGUGAUCAGUUAUCUGCAAAAAUAUGGAUAUCUGGAAAACGACAACAACGGUGCACAGCGAUUUUUAUCGUCCUACAACACUACGCAGGAGUUACAUCGAGCCAUCUCACUGUUUCAAGAAUUCUAUCGACUACCUGGCGACGGUGAAUUAAACGAAGAGACGCUGAAUCGAAUGCGUAAACCGCGAUGCGGCGUCGAGGACAUUUCGGAGCGCACGUUCGCUCCGCUUUCGAACAAAUGGCCGAGGAAACAUCUCAAAUGGAACUUUUAUCUGGCCAACGAGCGGAUCUUGAAAACGGCUCGAGCCGCGUUCGAUCUGUGGGCAGCAAAUUCGUCAUUGACGUUUGAGCGCGAUUCGCUGAGUUCCGAUAUUCUGAUAUCAUUUCGCGAGGGGCAUCACACGAUGUUACGCUCCCAAGGAAACGAACUGUGUGCAGCUCCGUUCGACGGCCCCCACAAAGAUGUCGCUCACGCGUUCUUUCCCACCGAAGAACCCAAUUACGUCUCGGAGGUGCACGUUGACAAGUCGGAGACGUGGCAUUUACAGCUGAAUAAGAAUCCCCCGGGAACGUACAAUUUACUUCAGACGCUGACGCACGAGAUCGGUCAUGCUUUAGGCUUGGCGCACAGCCCCCGCCAAGAUUCGGUGAUGUUCGCGUACGUGCCUGUUAAUCAAUUCCCCGUUCAAUUCACUCUAGAAGACGUUCUUUCCAUUCAACACCUGUACGGCGCUAAAGGAAACGCUAAAUUUCCAAAACUAGCAACGACGACGACGACGACACCGACGACUACAAAAGACGUCGAGACGGAUCUGUGCACCUUGCGAAACAUGGAUACCGUACUGAUAAUGAACGGUCGAUUGUACAUCUCGCACAAACGAUACAUGUGGUCGAUCGAUUUAGACGGGAAAACUUACAAGAAACCCUUGCUAUUGACGGACUACAUGAAAUUUUUUCCUAAAAAUUUCACGCGUCUGACGGGCGCGUAUCACGCGCCCUCGGGCAAUAUCGUGCUGUUCGCUGGCAAUAUGAGCUACAUGAUCACUUAUCCGAGUCGGUUGCGCGCCGGUCGAGUGUGUGGAAGGGCGGAUCGGUGUUGGAUCGCGUUAUUUGGUGGUAUUUUGGUGUUACCGGGCCGGGACUUUUAUGCGAGUUGCGAGGCGGGACAGUGUCCGCGGGGUGUCCUUACGCGAGGGUGCACCCUUUUUAAGGGUUCGGCAGAAGUGAGCUGUUGGUCUGAUUGA